AUGGGAAUUUCAAACGAACUGAUUGUCGUGCGGCUGGGCAACCCGGAUGUGAAGACUCUCUUAUCAGCAUGCCUAUUCCUCAUACUUGCCUACGGAGCAUUGAAGGUCCUCAAGGCAUUAUGGAAUGGCCUCACAGGCCCGUUGGCCAAGAUACCUGGGCCGUGGCUCAAUAGGUUCACGGCUCUGCCCUGGAUGGUGGCAGUCGUUAGAGGCAAGGCGUUUGAGAAGGGGAUCAACUACAACCGUAAAUACGGUGACAUUGUCCGAGUCGCCCCCGAUCUCGUUCUCGUCUCCGAUGAAAAGUCCGUCCACCAGAUUCUAGUAGGAAUGGACCUCCGAAAGAGCGUCCUGUAUGAAAAGUUCAGCCAAAACGAAGACGGCGUCACGCUCUUCACCAUGCGAGAUCGGGCGCAGUACCGCACCCGGCGAAGGCUCUUCUCUCAUGGCUUCUCCAUCAGUUACCUCAAGGGCCUUGAGCCGCUGAAGCUGAGUUGUAUCGAGGCGCUCGAGGAGUUCAUCGACAAUCAGUGCGUCCGGGAUGGAGGCGAAACCGUCAUUGAUGCUUGGAACCUCAUGGGCCGCCUGGCGUCCGACAUCAUGAGCGCAACUGCGUUUGGGGGCUCGUUUGAGUUGGUGAAGAAUGGAGAGCAUCCUAUCCGCAAGAAGUUCUCUGAGAGCUUUAAGAGGGGCACAAUUUAUCAACUCCUGCCCUUCUUGAAGUAUAUCCCCUUCCUACCCAAAUUUCGGGAUCCCGAACUUGCUCAACUCAUCAGUGAUAUCAUCGAAAAGAGACAAGCGUCGACCGACAAGCUGGCCAAGCCUGACCUGCUACAGCUCCUCCUCGACACGCAUGAAGAGAACCCAGAGACAUUGUCGCGUAUCGAGGUGUUUUCCGAGAUGCUCGUCUUUUGGCUAGCGGGCAGCGAGACGACCGCUAGCACGCUCACAUUCGCAAUGAUGUUCUUGCUCAAUGACCCCCCUUCCUACCAAAAACUUGUCAACGAGAUUCGGGGGAGGUUUCCGUUAUCGAAUUCGCCGGUUUCAGACGACCAAACGACGGACUUGCCGUUCUUGCACGCUGUUUUGAAAGAGACAAUGAGGCUUGCUCCUCCGGCAACUGGCGGGCUUCAAAGACAGACUGAUGAAGAUGUGAUUCUGUCUGAUCACUUGAUCCCAGCUGGGACUAGAGUGACUGCAAACACCACCGUACUGCACUGGGAUGAGAAGCAGUGGCCUGACGCAGAGAAGUUCGUUCCCGAGAGAUGGCUGUCUGACUACAAGGGCACGGCCGCCAACGAAAGAACGGCAUACUACCCCUUUUCUGCGGGAUCGCGGAACUGUAUUGGAAAACAAUUCGCGUGGACGGAGCUGCGGCUCACCCUUGUGUCUCUACUUCGGCGGUACGACCUGUCUCUGAUGCCCAAUCAGUCUCAUGAACUUGUUCAUUUCACAGUCCUUCAUCUGAAAGCGGGAAAGUACAUGAUUGGCAUCAGACCUAGAUCUUAG